CGACCUCGGCGUUUUUAUUGAGGUGUACUAGUCCCUCUGUCUUAUCAGUUGAUGUCGGACUUUCAGACAUAUAACGGCCGGUAGCAAUGAAAUCUUACGGUGUCGGGCCUGUGAUCCUCAUUGCUGCUUUGUUGGCAGUGUCAGAGCAAAGGGCUGACCCUCCUCCUGCUCCCCCUGGUGGAGAAAAAGUGGUCAAUGUGACCGACCCUAGGGUCAUCAAGGCCUCUAUGGCCGGAAUCGAGGCUAUUAACCUGCAAAAUGGAUACGGAGAAACUGCACUCAGAGAGGUCAUAUCCAAGGUCAAGAACGCAACAGAACAGGUGGUGAACGGGGAUCUUUUCCGACUGGACCUGGAGGUGGGUCCCUCGGAAUGCUUCAAUACCAUCAUGAAUAUCGGAAAGACUGCCGCAGCGUGCCCCCUUCUGUCGACCAAACUAGUGCAUACAUGUUUCACGGAAGUUUUAGCCAGGAACUGGACGGUGCCACAUCACCUGACGUUGAACGUGUCAUGUAAUCCUAUCUCUGGCAAAAAGGGGCUUCUACAGCAGCAGAUUGUGAUGUAACAGAUAAAAUAAAGUCUACAACAUGA